AUGACAUGCAAAUGUUCAAUACUCUUGCAAGUCCUUGUACACCACAGCCUUUUUCCAACUGCACCAUCUCAACUACACAUGGCAGUCUCCACAGACCUCCUUGUGUUCUACCAGGCAUUAUUCAAGUGUUUGUGUGAUGCUAUCUACAUGCUCACUGCUGCCCUGAAGACCCAUUAUGCCCGCUGA